AUGGAAAGAUUGGUGUUGGCUUGUGGUGGAGAGGCUGUAAAUUCGGUUGAUGACCUAAACCCUGACUGCCUUGGCUGGGCUGGAUUGGUCUAUGAACAUGUCCUUGGAGAAGAAAAGUAUACAUUUGUGGAAAAUGUGAAAAAUCCACACUCUUGUACAAUCCUCAUCAAAGGACCUAAUGAUCAUACAAUUGCUCAGAUUAAGGAUGCAGUUCGUGAUGGACUAAGGGCAGUCAAAAAUACCAUUGAAGAUGAAGCUGUUGUACUGGGUGCUGGGGCUUUUGAGGUUGCAGCCAGACAAUACCUUUUUAAUGAAGUGAGGAAAACUGUUCAAGGGCGUGCUCAACUGGGUGUGGAAGCUUUUGCUGAUGCCCUCCUCGUGGUUCCAAAGACACUUGCUGAAAACUCUGGCCUGGACACACAAGAUGUAAUUAUUGCGCUUACGGGAGAACAUGACAAGGGAAAUGUAGUAGGACUUAGCCAACACACUGGAGAACCUAUUGACCCCAAUAUGGAGGGGAUCUUUGACAAUUACUCUGUAAAACGUCAAAUCAUCAACUCAGGCCCUGUAAUUGCUUCGCAGCUGCUAUUAGUGGAUGAAGUUAUCCGUGCUGGGCGUAACAUGCGGAAGCCAAAUUAA